CCCAGCAGCCCCUUGCUGAGUUGGUCGCAAUCAUUGUUUCUCUGCAGCAUUAACCACAUUCCAGAGAGGCCGCAGCGCAUCCUGUAUCCAUCCUCGCAUUCCUCUUACGCAAACGAGUCCCCUGCGGAAAACGGUGUUUUAUUCACAUUUUUAGCACGUUUGUUGAGCUCAGACUUACACAGGAUGAAUAUUUACCCCGUAUAAGAUUAUCUGAUGAUUUUUCUUUUGGUGUAGAGACCUGUAAGAGAAACUAGAGGAAAAAAACCAACAAGGAGAAAUUCCUCCGCGCAGCGCGCCAUUGACUGUAAAAGACCUUUCAACUUAACAAAAAAACUGAAGUUGACAAACGUAUCGGCUGGAAAAAACUGUGAGAAAGAGUUUGUUUUUUCCUCGGGCGACGAGAGAAGAAGAAGCAGAAGAAGAAGAAGACGAUGCAGCAACACGGUGGAGGUUUUUUUUUGGUGUAAGUGAGCGACGGACUUGGCUGUAUGUAGUGCGGCUUUUUUUGUGUUUUGAUUUCCAUGUGAAAAUGCAAUUAGUGCUCCGCGGUGCUUCUCGCUAGUUUUGGAGACACACGGAGCUGCACACAACUUGUUUCCUCGCACAAAACAUGGAGCACUACCACCAGGAAGAUCUGGGACUACUCCGAACCAGCACAUUGAUGGAGGAUCUUUCCUUAUAUGAUGCCUAUAAUAAAGACUACAACGCGUCGACGAGGAGAGACUUGGUGAUUAACCCAGAUUUGGACUUUUCUGCUCCGGAGCAUGCUGGUGGUAAUAAACCAAUGAAUGGCACCUCAUCUUCUUUGCUUCUCCACCAGCAGCAUCACACUGUGGAGAAUUUCACGUCUGGGAAUAAAGUGUACAACGCGGCUCCGGUGCGUCCUGUGCAUUGCAACCUGGAUUUCUGCGCGCCUCAAAAAGACGCAGUUUAUAAUACUAGUGAAGAAAGCUGCUGCACCAAAUCUGAAGUGGCUCUGCCGUGCUACACUGGUGCAUCCGAGAGGCACAGCAGGAGGUACUCUCUGGAGGUGCACAGGUAUAGCACCGGCUCCAGCUUCGACAAGCCGGUUGCACAGCCAGGCAACAGGUGCAACAGUGUGUGCAUCACCACCAGCAGCACCAGCAGCAGCAGCAGCAGCAGCCACGACUGCAGGUACAACAACACCACAAGUCCAAGAUCCAGCUUGGCAUCCUCUCUGGAGCAGAGCAAGCAUGCAAGCCCGAGGUCGAGCAUGGUGGUGCAUGGUCAGGAUAGGUACACGACGAGCCCCAGGUCUAGUCUGGUGGAGUCUAGUGUCCUCAGUCCCAGAUCCAGCUAUGCAAGCACAGCCAGCGACACCAGUAAACACUCCAGCAGCCCCAGAGCCAGCCUCCUCAACAACAGCUGCGACUGCUGCAGCAAACCCAGCACCAGCACCAGCAGCAACCGCACCAGUGGCAUCAGCAUGGGCUACGACCAGAGGCACCAGAGCCCCAGGUCCAGCACUGCGAGCCAGUACUCCUUCACUACAAGCCCGAGGUCCAGCUACUCGGACGGAUCGAGGUACAACCAUGAUCUGCUGGAGGGGGCGAUUUUACGCGCGGCGCCUCUGCAGCAGAUGCAGAGUCCGAGGUCAAGCAUCUGCAGCCAGGAUGGGAGCAGUGCAAGUGCAAGACCAGGUGGAGGGGGGACCACCACCCCUGCAAACUGCGUUGUGAGUCCCAGGUCCAGCAUCUCCAGUCACAGCUCCAGGAGCUCCAGAAGCUCCAGGGGGUCUAUGAGCACCUAUCCAGAGCUGCAGCUGCCUUCUCCUAGGUCGUCCAUGCUGAUGGGCAGCAGUUUACACGAGGACACGCUGCUGCAGGAGUUUGGAGACUCCAAUGGGAUCCUGCAGAGUCGCAUCCAUCUGCAGGGGCUCCAGGUGGUGCAGGAGCCCCAGCAGCAGCAGCAGCAGCAGUGUACAGCCCAGACCGUGGAGAUGACUGCUGGGUCUCCAUCAUCGUUUAGUUAUGGGAUGUCCUCAAAAUCUGCUUCCUCGAGCCAGAGGUUUAAGCUGCCUUACCAGGUGACCCCCAGUCGAGAGAGUGGACCGAGCCAGGCGGAGAGGCGGCUGGAGGCGCUCACCUUGGAGCUGGAGAAGGAGUUAGAGAUGCACAUGAAAAAGGAAUACUUUGGUAUCUGUGUCAAAUGUGGGAAAGGUGUGUAUGGAGCCAGCCAGGCGUGCCAGGCCAUGGGGAACCUGUAUCACACAAACUGCUUCACCUGCUGCUCCUGUGGACGGAGGCUGCGAGGGAAAGCGUUCUACAACGUCAACGGGAAGGUCUACUGUGAGGAGGAUUUCCUGUACUCUGGUUUCCAGCAGACGGCUGACAAGUGUUUCGUGUGUGGUCACCUCAUCAUGGAGAUGAUCCUCCAGGCGUUGGGCAAGUCCUACCAUCCUGGCUGUUUCCGCUGCGUGGUGUGUAAAGAGGGUCUCGAUGGUGUGCCUUUCACCGUGGACGUUGAGAACAACAUCUACUGUGUCAAAGACUACCACACGGUUUUUGCUCCCAAGUGUGCCUCCUGCAACCAGCCCAUCCUCCCAGCCCAGGGCUCCGAGGAAACCAUCCGGGUCGUUUCUAUGGACAAGGACUACCACGUGGAGUGUUACCACUGCGAGGACUGUGGUCUCCAGCUAAAUGACGAAGAGGGCCACCGCUGUUAUCCACUGGAAGGCCACCUGCUCUGCCACGGUUGCCACAUCCACCGGCUCCAGACGCAGGUCCCUGCCCACCUGCCCCCCAGCUACCCCCUCCACGUCACCGAGCUGUGAGGAGGAGGAGGGCGGGCAGCAACCGAGCCCUGCCUCCCAGGUGAUCCGAGACACCAGCAGCGGGUAAAAAAAAAAAAAGGCCUGCACCCCCUCCAGCAGUUCCAGGGAAGCCUCUGUGUGGCCAUCUGAGCUACGGCCCCCGUCCUCAACUGGACGGUCAGGCCGUGGACUAACACACUCAGUGCAGCUCCCACCACAAGCCCUGCUGUCACAUGACAGGGCUGGGAAAAAAAAGGGUCCCCCCUCCUCCUCCAUCUGUGGUCCUUUCCUCCCCCUCUUCCCCUUGGGUGCUCAACCCCCGAAAGCCAACACGCCGGCUCACCCAGAGGCCCCCGGUGACGUCACACAGCCUGACCCCUGCACAUUCAUCAAAGAGAGGGUUUUUUGGAUCAGAGGAGAGGACGCAGACUCAUCUUUCUUCUCUUGCUUCCCUCUCUCUUUUUCCCUCUCUGACUGAAGCGGUUCACCGCCGCGUAUUCUGCAGUGCUGUCACGUCUGCCGCUGAUGUCGGCGUCGGGGAAGCCAGGGAACAAGCCGCUACAUUCCAGUGCCGGCCGGACAGGACAGACCCCAGGGUGGGCAUGCCGUGCCUUCAGAGCAGGCUCUCUCCGUGCAGUUCUAACACUGAUAUGGAGUCCUGCUAAAGGCUAUGCAAAGGACACCCAGCAUCGCGACACAGGGCUGUGAGAAAAGACUAUUAACUCAUCGCUCGCCACCCCGAAAUAACAGAUGCACCGUAGCACCACGAGCCCAGAGGACCGACUGACAUUCCACUUAGAAGUCUUAGACGAGACCUCGAGGGAUUCACAAGCAGUGUCUUAAUUAAUGAUUAUAUUAUGACAGAAAAAAAGAAAAUUUUAGAUGCACAUAGAAUGUCUUUUUAUAUAUGAAUAUAUAUUUUGCAGAUGUUUUCCACAUAAGAUCGUAGACGUAGAUUCUCAUUUUUUGUUGUUGCUGCGCUCGCGAUAGAUUCAGAGGUGAAACUGUCACGCAGUCUGAUAGAUUUUGGGUCUGUUGUAUCAUUUCUCCUCCGGGACACGGAGCCUAUUCACGUUUGUCACAGAUCUACUGGUUUUGUAGGAGCACACCUGACUCAAAUAGUAUUUUCCUUCAAUUAUUUUUUUCCCACUUUGAGCACCAAAUGUUCAGUUCCUAAAUCACAUUUUUGGCAACAAAUAUGUUCCUUUUACACUGCAUAUCCCCUCUCUACUGACUCUAGACAGUUAUAACACACACUAAUAGACAUUUCUGCAUACCUUAAAUUCCCCUGUAUUUGGUUAGACCUGACGCAGAUCUUGAUCUCUCUGUUUAUUUGUAUAACAACUGAUGCCAACACUCUCUGUGUUUUAAACAUA